GGCACCAGUUGUUGCCCAUGCAUCCAAUCCAAGAAACUCACAAGCUUUUUGCCCUAUUCUUUAUGGCUCUCAUCUCCUUCUACUUACUAUAAAUACUUGUCCUCUUUAAAUCACUUUCCCCACACAAACAAACAUCACAUAUUCUAAUUAUUACAAGUAAAAUUUUAUAUAAGCAAAGAGCUAAAAUGGGGCCAAGAAUUUUCUUGAUUUUAGCACUUGUGUUUAGCUCUUGCAUGGUUUCUUAUGGUGGAAAUUUUUUUCAAGAAUUUGAUUUUACUUGGGGUGGAAAUAGGGCUAAGAUUUUCAAUGGAGGUCAGCUUAUGUCUUUGUCUUUGGACAAAGUUUCUGGCUCUGGUUUUCAAUCUAAGAAAGAGUAUCUCUUUGGGAGAAUUGAUAUGCAAAUCAAACUUGUUGCUGGAAAUUCUGCUGGCACAGUCACUACAUACUAUUUAUCUUCUCAGGGGCCCACUCAUGAUGAAAUUGACUUUGAAUUCUUGGGAAAUGUUACUGGUGAACCUUAUAUUCUCCACACAAAUAUUUAUGCCCAAGGCAAAGGAAACAAAGAGCAGCAAUUCUACCUUUGGUUUGAUCCUACCAAGAAUUUCCACACCUACUCAAUCAUUUGGAAACCCCAACAUAUCAUUUUCUUGGUCGACAACACACCGAUAAGAGUUUACAAAAAUGCUGAAUCAAUUGGUGUGCCAUUUCCUAAGAAUCAGCCUAUGAGAAUUUAUUCUAGCCUUUGGAAUGCUGAUGAUUGGGCAACAAGAGGAGGCUUAGUUAAAACUGAUUGGUCUAAAGCUCCAUUUACAGCCUAUUAUAGAAAUUUCAAUACUCAAACUUUUAGCAGUUCACAAUUUUCAAAUGAAAAAUGGCAAAAUCAAGAACUUGAUGCUAAUGGUAGAAGAAGACUAAGAUGGGUUCAGAGGAAUUUCAUGAUUUAUAAUUAUUGUACUGAUUUUAAAAGGUUUCCUCAGGGUUUUCCUCCAGAAUGCAAAAGAUUUUGAGUGACUUUAAUUUGUUUUGGAAAUUCUUUAAUGUGUUUGUGGUUUUAUUUUGUUAGAUUAUAGCAAAAAAAAUAAAUGUAAUUUUCUUGUUUCAUUUUGUAUGUUAUUUGAAGCUAGUAGUUCAUCUUGAAUCUAAUUUAUUUGAUAUCUUA